CACAAAAUGAACAAAGUCCAACUUCACUGCACAGUUCUAGCCAAGCUAGACCUACUGACUGCUGAAUAACCUUCCAGAACAGGUGAAAACAGUAAGAUCUGCCCUCCUGAUUAAAAUGGGUUCUGAAGAAGAAAUAAAGCAUUACAUAAAUGGAAGGGAUGAUAAUAUUGCUGUAUCAUAUCAGAAUUAUGGAUCUGAAGGCAAAUGCAGUGAGGACAAGAGGAAACCUGAAAAAAUGAAUAUGGUCAGUCCCUUAACAGUGUUUCGAUACUCUGACCAGCAGGAUAAACUCCUGAUGGCGCUGGGCACUGCCAUGGCAGUACUCCAUGGAGCAAGCCUACCCCUUAUGAUGAUUGUCUUUGGUGACAUGACAGAUUCUUUUAUUGCUUCAGAAAACAUCACUAAUCCAGCUAAUUUUUCUUUAUUGAACAGCACGUUGGUGAAUUUUUCCAUGGAAUUUUUUUCUUCUCUUAUUUUGGGAGAGUUGGAAGAAGAGAUGACCAGAUAUGCUUAUUAUUAUUCUGGAAUAGGAGCUGGUGUUCUUUUUGCUGCUUACAUUCAGGUUUCGUUUUGGACACUAGCUGCUAGCAGGCAAAUAAAACGAAUCAGACAAGAAUUUUUUCAUGCUAUAAUGAGACAGGAGAUUGGAUGGUUUGAUGUAAAUGAUGUGUGCGAACUGAACACAAGAAUUGUAGAUGACAUCUCCAAGAUUAAUGAAGGAAUAGGGGAAAAAAUAGCAAUGUUCUUUCAGGCAGUGGCUACUUUUUUCACUGGAUUUAUAGUUGGUUUUACAAAAGGCUGGAAAUUAACACUUGUGAUCCUGGCACUCAGCCCCGUUCUGGGAUUCUCCUCAGCUCUCUGGGCAAAGAUAAUUUCCACAUUCACUAACAAAGAGCUAACUGCGUAUGCAAAAGCAGGAGCUGUGGCAGAGGAAGUUCUGGCAGCAGUUCGAACUGUGGUAGCAUUUGGAGGACAGAGAAAAGAAACUGAAAGAUAUCAAAAAAAUUUGGAAGAUGCCAAACGUAUUGGUAUCCAGAAAGCUAUUUCAGCCAAUAUUUCUAUGGGUAUUUCUUUCUUUUUGAUAUAUGGAUCCUAUGCACUGGCCUUCUGGUAUGGAACCGUUUUGGUACUCUCUGAUGACUAUACAAUUGGAAAAGUCUUUACAGUCUUUUUUUCUAUAUUAGUUGGAGCUUUUAGCGUUGGACAGGCUGCACCAAGUAUGGAAGCAUUUGCCAAUGCAAGAGGAGCCGCCUAUGCAAUAUUUAAUAUUAUAGACAAUGAACCUCAAAUUGACAGCUCGUCUAAUGCUGGCUAUAAACCGGACAAUAUUAAGGGGAAUUUGGAAUUCCAAAAUGUUUACUUCAGUUAUCCUGCUAGGCCAGAUAUUAAGAUACUGAAAGGCUUGAAUCUCAAGAUUAACUGUGGCCAGACAGUAGCCCUGGUUGGUGGCAGCGGCUGUGGAAAAAGUACAACUGUUCAGCUCAUCCAGAGAUUUUACGACCCCAAGGAAGGCACGAUUACCAUCGACGGGCAGGAUCUUAAGAGCCUGAAUGUAAGAUAUCUGCGGGAGAUUAUUGGUGUGGUGAACCAGGAGCCCGUGCUGUUUGCUACAACUAUUGCAGAAAAUAUUCGUUACGGCCGUGAGGAUGUCACCAUGGAAGAAAUUGAAAAAGCUACCAAGGAAGCUAAUGCUUAUGAUUUCAUCAUGAAGCUCCCCAAGAAGUUUGAAACCGUGGUUGGAGAAAGAGGGGCACAGAUGAGUGGAGGGCAGAAGCAGCGAAUAGCAAUUGCUCGUGCUCUGGUUCGCAAUCCUAAAAUUCUUCUGCUUGAUGAGGCAACAUCAGCUUUGGAUACUGAGAGUGAAUCCGUUGUGCAGGCAGCGCUGGACAAGAUCAGGAAGGGCCGCACUAUACUUGUUAUCGCUCAUCGUUUGUCAACAGUUCGAAACGCAGAUCUUAUAGCUGCAUUUGAAAAUGGUGUCAUCACAGAACAGGGGACUCAUGAUGAACUGAUGGAACAGAAGGGAGUUUACUACAAACUUGUUAAUAUGCAGACAUCAGAAACUGAAGAUCAGUUACACAAAGAAGACAGUAAUGCAUCAGGUGUCUCAGAAGAGGCACUGAAUGGAUCAGUACUGACUGGACGGAAAAGACAGUCCACUCGGAAAAGCAUAAAAAGGUUCAGAAUAUGGAAUGAUGAGCUUGAUGAAAAAACUGAUCAGCUUGAUAAAAAUAUACCUCCAUCUUCAUUUUUUAAAAUUAUGAAAUUGAAUAAAACUGAAUGGCCUUACUUUGUUGUUGGAACUUUAUGUGCAAUUAUCAAUGGGGCUUUACAACCUACAUUUUCAGUCAUGAUUUCAGAUGUUAUAGGGAUGUUUGUGGAAAAAGGAAAGGCUGCUAUGAGAGAGACAAAUAGCACAUAUGCAUUGCUCUUUUUAGGUUUUGGACUAAUUUCUUUUGUCACAUCUUUUCUUCAGGGUUUCACAUUUGGUAAAGCUGGAGAAAUCCUCACAAUGAGGCUUCGAUCCAUGGCAUUUAGAGCAAUUUUGAGACAGGAGAUCAGCUGGUUUGAUGAGCCUAAAAAUAGCACUGGAGAAUUAAUUACAAGACUUGCUAAUGAUGCCUCACAAGUGAAAGGAGCUACAGGUUCCAGACUGGCAUUAGUUGCCCAAAACAUAGCUAAUCUUGGGACUGGGAUUGUUUUGUCAUUGAUAUAUGGCUGGCAGUUGACUCUUCUGCUUUUAGCCAUUGUGCCAAUUAUUGCUAUUACAGGAAUGAUUCAAAUGAAGAUGCUUGCUGGACAUGCAAAAAAAGAUAAAAAGGAACUAGAAACCUUAGGAGAGAUUGCUUCUGAAGCCAUAGAAAAUAUUCGAACUGUUGUUGCUUUGACUCGGGAAAGAAAAUUUGAGUACAUGUAUGGACAAAAUUUGCAAGUGUCAUACAGAAAUUCUGUAAAAAAGGCACAUAUCUUUGGAUUCACUUUUGCCUUUACACAAGCUGUUAUGUACUUCACUUAUGCUGGAUGUUUUAGAUUUGGUGCAUAUCUAGUAAAACGGACUAUGCGGUUUAAAGAUGUGCUUUUAGUGUUUUCAGCUAUUGUAUUUGGUGCAAUGGCAUUAGGACAAAGCACUUCUUUCACUCCAGACUAUGCCAAAGCCAAGAUGUCAGCUGCUCACUUAUUUCUGCUGUUUGAAAGAGUACCAUUAAUAGACAGCUACAGUGAGGAAGGGGAGAAACCUAAAAUAUUUGGUGGAAACAUCACAUUCAAAGAUGUGGCAUUUAAAUACCCAACCCGCCCAGAGGUCAAAGUGCUCCAAGGUUUGAACACUGAAGUAGAAAAAGGACAAACUCUGGCCCUUGUUGGUAGCAGUGGCUGUGGAAAGAGCACUGUUAUUCAGCUGCUUGAGAGAUUCUAUGAUCCGCUCAGUGGAGAAGUGGUAAGUGCUCCCUGUAGAAGUGUAGGCUGCUGUAUGUGAUACAUGUUUAAUGAA